CAGCAGAUUGAGAGAAGAUGAUGCGGCUGACGGUUGGCCCAUGUCGCUCGUAGCUUUCCUCCCGCCUUGUCCCGAUUCUUUUGCCAAAUUUACCGCUAAAUGUUGACGGUACCGGUGAACGGAGAGCAGCUGUAACGGCACAAAGAGGAGGAGGAGAAGAAGAAGAAGGAAAAGAAGGAGAAGAAGAAGAGGAAGAAGGAGGAGGAGGAGCAGUGACUGGAAGGAGUUGGGCAUCAGAUUGCGCCGAAUGUCAUUAAACGCUUAUAAAUAUCCAGAACUAUAAUCGAGACCAAAGGGAGCCAUGGAGGUUGUAACGCAUUUUGUGAAUGACACUGUAGAGUUUUAUAAAUGGAGCCUUACUAUAGCAGACAAGCGGGUGGAGAGCUGGCCUAUGAUGGCGUCCCCCCUCCCCACCCUGGCCAUCAGCUGCCUGUACCUGGUCUUCCUGUGGGCGGGGCCUCGCUACAUGCAGGACCGCCAGCCGUACACGCUCAGGAAGACCCUCAUAGUCUACAACUUCAGCAUGGUGGUCCUCAACUUCUACAUCGCCAAAGAGCUCCUACUAGGUUCUCGAUCAGCCGGGUACAGCUACCUCUGUCAGCCUGUCAACUACUCCAACGACGUCAAUGAAGUCAGGAUAGCCUCGGCUCUCUGGUGGUACUACAUCUCCAAAGGAGUGGAGUUUCUGGACACAGUUUUCUUCAUCCUGAGGAAGAAGUUCAACCAGGUGAGCUUCCUGCACGUCUACCACCACUGCACCAUGUUCAUCCUGUGGUGGAUCGGCAUCAAGUGGGUCCCUGGAGGACAGUCUUUCUUCGGUGCAACCAUCAACUCAUCCAUCCACGUCCUCAUGUACGGUUAUUAUGGUCUGGCAGCGCUGGGACCUCAGAUGCAGAAGUACCUCUGGUGGAAGAAAUACCUCACCAUCAUCCAGAUGAUCCAGUUCCACGUCACCAUCGGCCACGCCGGCCACUCCCUCUACACCGGCUGCCCGUUCCCCUGCUGGAUGCAGUGGGCUCUGAUCGGCUACGCUGUCACCUUCAUCAUCCUCUUCGCCAACUUCUACUACCACGCCUACCGGGGGAAGCCGUCCUCGUCCUCGCACAAGGGCGCCAAGCCCGUCGCCAACGGCAACGCCACGGUCACCAACGGCCACAGCAAAGCCGAGGAGGAGGUGGAGGAGAAUGGCAAGAGGCAGCGGAGAGGCCGAGCGAAGAGGGAGUGAAGCUUCGGCGGCUAACGGGACAGUCGGGAGGAUGGGGAGGGGAAGGAAGAACCGCGCGACAUCCCUGCAGAAGGACGGAUGUAAACUGGGACCAACUGGACGAGGCAGCGGAGUCUGGUUCUGGGAGGAUGUUAGGGGUGCUGGUUGUCUCCAUUUACAGUUUUUUAAAUCAACAAAUCGCCGACAGGCUCCGAGCUUCGGACCAGAACCGGAACCAGAACCAGAAACCCUCCAGGAGCUGCAUCCUGCUCAGCGAACCAAAACUCACCUCCAACUUUUCUACUCUGGAUUCCAGUAAAGUUUUAACGCUUCCAUAGUCUCUAAUGAUGCUUAAUUUAUAUUCUAGUGCUCUGAAAGAGUUUUAAUGCAUUUUAACUAUUAUCGACAACUUUUUUCUCGUUUUUUUUGUUUACAAAGCUUUAGUUGAGUCAGCUAGCAAAUGGAAAAUGAAACUAUUCUCAAGUCUGCCAUCUAUCUGCUGUAUUAAACACCUUCUACUCUCCCACACGGACUUCACUCAUCUAACUGUGCUGCAUUUACAGAAUCUAUUUUCUCUGUGUUCAUUGUGAAUUUUAAAAAAAUGGUUUAAAACACUUUGAGGAUGAAAGGUUAGUUUUUUUUCUAGAAUUUGUGCGAUUAUUUUUGUUAAAAUACAUAUUUUUGUGGGUCCUCGUGGUUUUCUUUCUUUUUUUUUGCUGUGCGAUGUAGCUGAGAGGUUGGUGGAUGUUGAUGUCUCGCUGCCACGUAGGACUGAAGGGAGCUUUUCUUUUCCUCUUUUUUUUCUUUUUUAUUUAAAAGAUUAUUUUAAUGUCCAAACCUGACACAGCUUCCUGGCUGCACAUAGAACUGAAAUAAAGACAGUGUCAGCACCCCA